ACGAACCGUAAAAUCUAAAACCCCUACGGCGGUUCUCUUACUAUGAGAGAAAAAUGAUGACCUUUCUCAGCCGUUUCUUCCGCCGGAAAACACCGCCAGGAGUUACUUCCCUUCUCUCCGCACGCCGCCCUUUCUCCGCAACCGCCACCUCGCCCUCUAAACUCCGAUCCAAGUACUCCUUCGUACCUCCCCCCUCUCUCCACCCACAGCCCCCAAAUCGAAGCACCAUUUUCCAACCCGAACCCGAAUUCAAAGUCCGGAAGGUAUCCAAACCCCCUUACCGCCCGCCCUCAUCUCUCGAGAGGUCCAGCCCGCCGCUCAGGUCCGACGUCCCGUUCGAUUUCCGGUUCAGCUACACCGAAAGCAACCCUAAAACCAGACCAAUUGGGCUGAGGGAGCCGAAAUACUCCCCCUUCGGACCGGGUCGCCUUGACCGGGUAUGGACUGGGGUUUGCGCCCCGGCCGUCGACCCGAAGGUGGGGUCCGCCGGAAUUGAUGGUGAAUUGGAGGAGAAAAGGCGAGUUACGAGAGAUAGGGUUCAGGGAGAACCCUUGACUAAUGCUGAAAGGAAAGCCAUUGUUGAGAGGUGUCAAAGGCAUAAAACCAAGAGGCAGAUCAAUUUAGGGAGGGAUGGAUUAACACAUAACAUGCUGAAUGACAUACAUAAUCACUGGAAACACGCCGAGGGUGUAAGAAUAAAGUGUAUGGGAGUGCCUACCGUUAAUAUGAAAAAUGUAUGCACUCAGUUGGAGGACAAAACAUUUGGAAAGAUCAUCCAUAGACACGGUGGCCAACUUGUACUUUAUAGAGGUAGAAACUAUUCGACAAAAGAAAGGCCCGUUAUUCCAUUGAUGUUGUGGAAGCCACAAGAGCCAGUUUAUCCUAGGCUUAUAAAAACUACUAUCGAUGGCUUGAGCAUUGAUGAAACUAAGGAGAUGAGAAAACGAGGAUUGUCCGUUUCUGCCUUAACAAAACUCGCUAAAAAUGGCUAUUAUGGCAGUCUAAUUCCAAUGGUUCGUGACGCUUUUAUCUGCGACGAGUUGGUUCGUAUAGACUGUAAAGGCCUUCCAAAAACUGAUUACAAGAAAUUAGGGUGCAAAUUAAGGGACUUGGUGCCUUGUGUACUCGUCACGUUCGAGAAGGAGCAGAUUGUAAUUUGGAGGGGCGAGAAUUAUAAACCUGCGGAAGGGGGUUACUUUCUCGAGGAGAGGGAAUUAUACGACGACGAUUUAUCUCUUGGAAACGAGCAGAGUAACACGGAUUACAAUUCUGGUGAUUCCGAUGAAGAGUGAUUCGUCGAGCAUGGUAAUGAUAUUAUGAUGUCUUCUUUACAUUUAAAUUUCUUGCUAAUAUAUGUUAGAAAAUAAAAAGGAAAAAAUUAAUUAUGGUACAUAUUAUUUAAUAACUUGUCACACAUGCCUGCUGCUGAUGAAUUGAAUCAGAUGGUGCACAUGGUGGUGUGUAUACAAUUAUACAUAUAUACAUUGGUUGUUGAGAUUUGAUGGGCACCAUGUUCAAUGUGGUAUUGGUACCUUUCUAUAGUAUUUUAAUUCUUCUAGUAGUAUUAAUCUUUAGUAUUUUUGUAACCAUCAUUUUAAUUCUUGUAACAUGCCAAUUAUUUAAGUAUUAAUCAAGUUGCCAUAAAUAGUUUUAAAGAUUUUAAA